GCAUUGAAAAGAAUUCAAAUAAAAUUCUAAUGGGAUCUAAAGAGGAAGUUGUUACUAUUGCGAUGUUUCAAUCCUUGGAGAAGAAGUUUAAAAGGAUGUCGGCUGAGAUCAGAUCGUUGAAGAAGGAAAUGGAUGAGCUUAAAUAAUGAGAAAAAGGAGCUAAAAACAUCGAUUCAGAACGAACAUCCUGGAGAGGAAGUCGAUCAGGAAAGAAAAUUAAGAUCUAUUCCUAAGAAAUCGUUAAGAUUACACAAAAAUUUGAAGGAUAUCAAGACGAAUUUCAGGAUUUCACCCAAAAUUGACACAGAAAGCAUGAUGAAAGCAAUCAUCCCCGAGAAAGCACAUGUCAGUUGCUGAGACUACGUUAAUGAUAAAUAAAAGAGGAAAGAUGAAAAAGAAUGGAAACUAUACAGCAAAGGAACCAAGUGAGAAUCAUAAAAGCCCAAGCGCUUUAAAACAAAAACAAGCUCCCUCUUCAACAUUUAAAAGAACUAAAACAGCAUGAAAUAAAUCUAACAGUAAAGUCAGAUCCAAACGAACAAGGAAAAAUUCACCUAAAAACUUGAAUAAAACAGAAACUUCUGAGAACAAAUCCAUAUCUCAAAAAGGCAACAAAGAGGUUUGUUCCAAAGAUGUUAUCUCUGUCCUCACCAGGAAGCCUCUUAAGCCAAAUUUUCAGAAUGUAAAAUCAAGGAUAGACUCUCAUUGGGGCAGUGGAGUGCCAAAAUUGAACCAGGAUUCCACUAUGAACUCUGAAGAGAACAAAGAGCUAAUAACACCUAGUGGAUCUACCAAGAGUGGUAUAUCUAAGACGUCUAAUGACUCUCUCUUUCAGAGGAAUUGUGAAACCUCAAGUUCCAAUGGAUUUCAGGCUCAGGAGAUGACUGAGAACCAGCCUCAAGAAGACACCGUCUAAAAACGAAAAGACCCAAAUAACAAAGGAAUAGAAUACAAUAAGCUUCAAUUUAACAAAAAGAGACAGGGGUUUUGGGGUUUUGG